GGCGGGGCCGGGCCGCGGCCGGCGGCGGCCGGAGUCGGUUGGUGCGCGCGGGCGCGGCGGCUGCAGCCCCGUCCCGGAGCCGGAUCCUCGCCGGGGCCCGGCGGCCGCCGGCCCUCACGGAGCUCCCUCGCCGCCGCCUCCUUCUCCUCCUCCCCCCCCGCUCGCCGCCCCCGGGAGGCGUCGCAGGGCUGGGGGGGCCGCUGCCAGCAAGAGAGAGAACAGUUUAAAAAAGGAAAAAUAUAAUUCUACCUCCCAUUGGCCAGUAAAUUCAGAAAUGAUCGUGUCUGAAGCUUUGCAGAUGCAAGGUGGAAUUGCGGAGCGGUAAGACAGAUUCCUCAGUGGUACUGGAGCUUUAGUCAUGCUGCCAGGGCGCUUGAUGGAAGGCACAUGUAUAUGCUAAAUUCAUCUGUGAAAUCACAGUAAGCAGGUGAAACACUAAAGCAACAGCAUUUAAAUAGUAGUACAGUAGAAGUCAACAGUGAUUUAAAAACUUCUUGUAGCAGCAUAUCAGCCUACUGUUUCAGCGAGAAGUGUGACUGAAGUUCCCAUCUCUGAGCAGAAGUUUGCUUGGGUUUACCUGAAGAUGUUCCUGGCUUAGGAAGCAGCUUGUGAGCAUCCCCUCUGUCUAUGCACUGGAAGCAGACCUGAUCAGAAACUUCCAUUUGAAGAUAGGAGAAGAAUACCCAGAGUGAAAAGCUGUAUGCUUCUGCUUCUCACCAUCACCUGUGGGCACUCCACUGAACUCGAUUCGACUUGCUAAAGGAACAGAAGUUCAUCCAGUGAAGAAGCAAAGGUUUUAGCAGUAAGUUGGCAACUCAGUGAGGAGUCCUGCUCGUAAACAUCGGAACCAGCACAAAGGAAGCAAUCAGACCUGGGCACCAUGAACGUGGUGGGGGCAGAGACCUGUGCAGCAUCCCAGUCAGUAACGUGCUUUCUUCAAGAGAGGAGGGGAGUAGCGGUGCAAAGAUGAAUCUGUGUGUGUCUACAGAUAGAAAGCCUCUGUUUGAUUGGAAGAGUGGCUUUCUGGCAUUCUUAACCUGGCAGUUCCCAGAGGACAGCUGAAAGCACCGUGACCUUUAAUGAUCACUGCUUAAAACAGUAGUCAUACCAAGUGAACAAAGAGGAAACACAUGGAUGAAAUUCUGACCAUGCACUGAACAGCACAGCAUCAAGUGCAAAGCUCUGGGAAAAUGUCUGCUUGCAACACUUUCACUGAACACGUCUGGAAACCUGGUGAAUGUAAGAACUGCUUCAAGCCAAAAAGCUUGCAUCAGUUACCUCCAGUAUCUGAGAAAAAAACCCUCUCGCAUGGCAAUCUGAAAACCAACGCAAACCAAAGUAACAGCCAUCGUGGUGGAAACAGAGGAAACUUCCGACCGCCUGUGGCAAAGAAACCCACGAUAGCUGUGAAGCCCACCAUGAUGGUAGUAGAUGGGCAGGGUGUAUGUGGCGAAAUCAGCACGCCGGAUCAUUGUGAGAACAAAUCGGUGCCCCCAAGCUGGAACCGAAACAAAGCUGUCUUGAACAAAAAAACACUGAACAAUAAUAAUGAAGAUGAAAUCGAAGGUUAUAGCCAUGUUCACAGGCCUUAUGGCAACAAUGAUGGUGUAGGUAAGAUACCAAAUAAUAAUAAUAAUGGACUGACAGAAGUUUUGAAGGAGAUUGCAGGUUUGGAUACCACACCUCAGCUAACUGGAAAUGAAAUGAACUCGAGAACCUUCUUGGGAAGAAUAAAUAAUUGUUAUAAAAGAUCAUUAGAAAGAAAGAUCCCUCCAAGCUGCAUGAUGGGUGGAAUGAAGGAUUCGCACAGUAAGCAUGUUAUUCUGAGUGGAAGCACUGAAGUAAUAAGUAAUGAAGGUGGACGUUUCUGUUACCCAGAAUUCUCUAGUGGAGAUGAGAGUGAGGAUGACACGUUUUUUGGCAGCAUGCAGGAAGAGCAUGAGAGCUGGGAUGAAAGUGAUGAAGAGUUGCUAGCAAUGGAAAUUCGUAUGAGGGGCCAACCUCGCUUUGCUAAUUUUCGAGCUAACACCCUGUCUCCUGUUCAGUUCUGUGUUGACAAAAAAUGGAACACCGUGCCCCUUAGAAACAAGUCUCUUCAGCGGAUCUGUGCGGUCGAUUACGAUGAUAGUUAUGAUGAAAUUUUAAAUGGUUAUGGGGAAGAGACUGUGAUUCUUUAUGGGCAAGAGAGCAUGCAGAGCAUGGUAUCUUCUGAUUCUACGUCUCCUGAUUCUUCGUUGACAGAAGAGUCUCGUUCUGGAACAACCAGCAGUUCCUCACAGAGACUCUGUAAUGGAGGAUUAUCUCCUAGUACUCCUCAGGACAUCAAAUUGAUCGAACCAGAAUAUGAAAGUCUGUGUGUUAGUCAGCAAGUGAAGGAUGCGUCAAAAGCUUCCAGAAAUGUCCCAAAGAGCCUAGAAACCCACAAGGCAGUCCUUGCUCUUCGACUGGAAGAGAAAGAUGGCAAAAUUGCUGUACAAACUGAUAAGCAAGAGAAUAAAAGUUCUUCAGAUGUUACUGGUCAAGCUGUAACUAUCAACUUGGUGCCUGUGGAAGAGCAAGCUAAACCUUACAGGGUAGUGAAUAUGGAACAACCAGUUUGCAAGCCAUAUACCGUAGUGGAUGUAUCAGCUGCCAUGACCAAUGAAUGUAAAGAGAGUCCAACUGAAACCUCAGAAACCAAAAAUACAUCAUCUAACCCAAGUUCACCAGUAACUCCAGGCACGCCUAUUACAUCCUCAGCAGCAUCACCUGCACGAGUCAACACUAAUCUGAAAAAAUCCAGUGCAAUCAGAUAUCAAGAAGUGUGGACUUCUAGUACUAGUCCAAGACAGAAGAUACCUAAGGUAGAGUUAAUUGCUAACAGCUCAGGACCUUCUGUUCCUCCCAGGAAGACAAGCCACAAGUCAGCUCCUACUUCGCCUACAGCUACAAACCUUUCCUCAAAAACUAUCCCAGUUAAGUCUCCAAAUUUAUCUGAGAUAAAAUUCAACAGCUACAAUAACGCUGGCAUGCCGCCUUUUCCUAUUAUCAUUCAUGAUGAGCCCACUUAUGCUAAGAGUUCCAAAAAUGCUAUUAAAGUUCCUAUUGUAAUCAAUCCAAAUGCAUAUGAUAACCUGGCUAUCUAUAAAAGUUUUCUAGGGACCAGCGGAGAGCUAUCUAUCAAAGAUAAAACUACCAGUGUAAUAAGCCACACAUAUGAAGAAAUAGAAACAGAAAGCAAAAUGACUGAAGCUAUAGGGAGCAAACCCAGUGAAUUUUCCCAAGCGAAGGGGGUAACUAAUAACACUGAAUGCAGGCUGGGUUCUGUGGCUCAGAAGGUCCAAGAGUUUAAUAGCUGUCUCAGUAAAAGUCAGAUAUCACCACAGAGAAGUCAUAGUUCUGACCACAGCUCCCCAUCAAGAAUUCAAAAGACAACCCAAGAGCCAGCAGAUGUGACAUUGGAGGCUUCCGUUGGCAACAGCAGUAGAGAGAAUGCGAGCACGGUGCUUUCACAGAUUGUGGCUUCCAUCCAGCCCCCGCAGUCUCCGCCAGAAACGCCUCAGUCUGGACCCAAGUCUUGCAGUGCAGAAGAACUGUAUUCCUUACCCCCUGAUGCAGAUGCUACUAAAAACACGCUGGUACGACCCAAAUCUCUUUUUACAUCACAGUCUGAAAUAGAGCCAUCCAAGACAAUGGAAAACACAGCCGUUAAAAUGCAGAAGAUACACUAUCACAGCCAGUCGCCACCCAUUCUCAAGCCAGUGAGAGGCACCCCAAAUACGACAAGUCCCAAAACAGAGCAAGCACCACCAUUUCCUCCUCCACGGUCCACAUCUUCACCCUAUCACGCAAGUAACUUGUUGCAAAGACAUUUCAGCAACUGGACCAAACCAAAUAGUCCCACCAGGUCAACAGAGGCUGAGUCAAUCCUUCAUUCGGAAGGUCGACGAGCUGCUGACGCAAAACCCAAACGCUGGAUAUCGUUUAAAAGCUUCUUCCGCCGCAGAAAAACUGAUGAGGAGGAAGACAAAGAGAAAGAAAGAAAAGGAAAAUUGGUGGGUCUUGAUGGAACUGUAAUACACAUGCUCCCUCCUCCUCCAGUUCAGCGUCAUCAGUGGUUCAGCGAGGCAAAAUCAGAGACCAGUGAGAAGCCAUCAAUUGUUUUCAUGUAUAGAUGUGAACCAGCACAGACUGAACCAAAGGUUGAUCAGCAAUACAAGAGUGGAGUGGAGUCUGCUAUUGCUGAUGCACUAGCAAAAGACAAAGGAGAAAUACAGGAAAAGUCUCCGGAGAGCUCGGAACAGAAAAUAAUGAGCCAUUCAUCACCACCUCAGAUUCCGAAGAAAAUCCCCAGCCAAGUGCCCGAUGACACGACACUGGAGGAUUUGUCCCCUCGUGUUCCUAGAGCCCUGUUUGUGAAGCAGGACAAUGGCGGCAGCGCCUCAGAUACCUGUAUCAACUGUCCGCGUUCCGCAGGGGAGGAAGACAAGGAAGAAGCUUCACAAUCUCCCGACUUAAAUCCUUGCAGUGCUACGUACAGCAACUUAGGACAGUCCAGAGCAGCCAUGAUACCUCCAAAACAGCCAAGGCAACCGAAGGGAGCAUUGGAUGAUGCCAUUGCCUUUGGAGGACUAGUAGACCAGGAGACAACGAACAACUUACAGCCAACACCACCUCCGCUGCCGAAAAAAACAAUUUUGAGAGCUAACACAGAGCCAAGUCCCAGAGAUCUCCAGAAGCAGGCUCUUGAGAACAAUCUGUGCAUUGUGGCUAACCCCACCUAUGACAUCGACACCAACUGGGAAGCAAGCAGUGCCUGCUCUUCAGUCAGCUUGGAGCUCAAGGCGCUGGACAAUGAGUCGGGAGAUUCCUUGGACAGGCACAGAAAAGUAAGGACGACCACCUCAGCAACUAACAGUGUUUCCAGCCUAACCACUAUCAGUAUUAGGGACCGAUGUUCCAAUAGCAUGGAGUCUCUGACGGGGAGACGCAUCUCGCAGACUAAGCAGGGCAAGGGUGUCCAGAAGCCGCAAAGGCAAGCACUUUAUCGAGGAAUUGAAAACCGAGAAGAAGUGGUAGGUAAAAUCCGAAGCCUUCACACCGAUUCACUGAAGAAGCUGGCACUUAAAUGUGAAGACUUGUUCAUGGCCGGACAAAAAGACCAGCUGCGAUUUGGAGUUGACAGCUGGUCAGAUUUCAGGCUAACCAGUGACAAGCCGUGUUGUGAGGCGGGCGAUGCAGUUUACUACCCAGCUUCUUACGCAAAAGAUCCUCUCAACAAUUAUGCAGUCAAGAUUUGUAAGAGCAAAGCUAAGGAGUCCCAGCAGUAUUAUCACAGCCUAUCUAUCCGGCAGAGUCUGGCUAUCAACUUUAACAUCCAGCAGGACUGUGGCCUCCUUGCUGAAGUCCCAGUUCGCCUCCUUCCAUGGGAGGACACUGAUGCACCAGAGGUUGAAGAAGAAGGUCAAGAAGAAGAAGAGAGAGAACCUGAGCAAAAGAACAGAGAUGCUUCUUCCAAUACAGAGGCUUCACAGAAGGACAGCUCAAGUAAUCAGGGGACCAUCAGCAAGCCACGCAGCCGUGUUGUAGUCAUCACGCGGGAGGUCCCGUACUUAACCGUGGCUGACUUUGUGCGAGAGUCUGCACCCCGCCAUGCAAAAAGCCCAGAUUUGUAUGAGAGGCAGGUCUGUCUCCUCCUUUUACAGCUGUGUUUGGGGCUGGAACACCUGAAACCCUAUCAUAUCACACACUGUGAUCUGCGGCUAGAGAACCUGCUGCUGGUUCAUUCCAGACCAGGAGGCAACCCCCUGAGCUCUGAGUCCAUGGAACCCAGUCCCAACACUGCUUGCCCAGCCAGGUUAAUAGUGAGCAACUUCUCACAGGCCAAGCAGAAGAGUCAUAUGGUGGAUCCUGAGGUCCUAAGGGAUCAGUCCCGCCUGGCUCCAGAAAUCAUCACUGCCACACAGUACAAAAAGUGUGAUGAAUUCCAGACUGGCAUCCUUAUCUACGAAAUGCUGCACUUACCCAAUCCCUUUGAUGAGAAUCCAGAGCUGAAGGAGAAGGAAUAUACUCGUGCUGAUCUCCCCAAGAUCCCUUGCCGUUCCCUCUACUCUCAAGGGCUUCAACAACUUGCCAGCUGCCUGCUAAAUCCCAACCCUUCAGAGAGGAUCCUGAUAUCAGAAGCCAAGGGAAUCCUUCAGUGUUUGCUUUGGGGUCCACGUGAGGACUUGUUUCAUGCUCUGAGAACAUCUUCCAACCCAGCUCGGAGAGAUGCUGUACUUCAGAACUGGCUGGACAUCAAAAGGACGCUGCUGAUGAUCAAGUUUGCAGAGAAGUCCUUUGACAGGGACUGUGGAGUUAUUCUGGAAGACUGGCUUUGUUGUCAGUAUCUGGCUUUUGCCACUAUAGACUCACUUCAUCGCAUUGUGAGAAUCAUGCAGCAGCACUAGUUUGUAGAACCUGUUGCUUUUCGUGAAGCACCUCCGCCCCAGCCCACACUCUAACUUGUGCUAGGGCUCACACUUUGAACAAGUGUUUCAACAAAGCCAGCAACUCUGAGCAAAUAAGUUCUGAUUGGAGAAAUUGCAUCCCGUACCCAAUAUGGCAGAAACUUUACUUUUUUGCCAGGCCUCUUAGGGAUUACUUUUAUACACACAUAUGACUGCAUUUGUAUCAGACACUUUGUAACUAGAUUAAUAUCUGGAUGAAAAGGAGAGCAAACUUUGAUACCACUAUUUCUAUCACUGCAGUAAACAAAUCGCCCUCCUCUUCUGGGUAGUUUCUGUCAUUUCUGUAUGUAGCAUUGGUAGUGAAUAGCAGUGACCAUUAGCAGAGAUGGGAGUUGUAUACAUGGGAGAUGAAUGAUCCACAUUGCCCCGUGCCACAAAACACUCCACUGCCUUCAAUCCACAUCCCAGGCAAUGUUUUCUCUCACCUUAGACCCCUUACAGUGGGGCUGGACUCCUCUUCCCUUUGGUCUCAACCAAAUGGUUUCUGAUCUUUCUGUUACCUUUUAUGCCUUCUUUUUUCCUUGCAGAUAUGGUUAUCCUGCUGAUUGCAGCAAUGUCGGCGGACAGUAAGCAUCUGUGUUCUGUCCUCUUCCCUCCUCUGUCCCUGACUUGCUGCCUGCCCAUAUCCUUUCUAAUCACGGAUCCUUGAUUUCAACCAUGCUGCCUUAAUUGGACCAUUAUCCUUAGCUUAAGACCUUUGCAUUAAAAAGCAGAAUAUGCACACUUGGUCUUUCCCAUUUCCCCUACAUGACACUCGCCAGUCUGGACAGUUGAUGUACUGUAGCUAUAAUUCUGUUUAUACCAGAAAAAUACAACACAUGGUGGGCAAUUGAAAUUCCCCUUCCAUCGCAAAAGGCACUAAAGCCUGACUUGAAAUGGAUAGGACGUACAUAACCUUCUCUGACAAUCACUGCUAUGAACUGGGGUUGAAAAUAACAACCACCUUUUCUGUUUUAUUUUGUUUUGCUCUUGUCACUUGUGCCAUAUUGCAAAAUAGGACUGAAAUUGGCUCUGCUGGUAUGUUGGCAGGAGAUAGAAAUGCUUAGAGCUUGUCUGUGUGUAGCUCACAGGCCACAUGGAAACGCUUUUACUGCAGACACAGUUCUCUGAAGGGUAAAAACAAGGGGGCAAAAACACUGUUGUUUAAUUAUUGAGGGAGCUGUUAAGUUUGGCAGCCACAACUAACAGUAUCGUGAUCCAUUUUUCCCACAGUGGUAUUUGGCUGCCUGUCUCCUGUCUGCUGUAACUAGUGUUUUCUAAUGUUGCUACAGACAACACCCUAAAAAUGGCAUGUUGUCAAAAUAGCUCAAAGAGCAUUGCAGACAGGAUUUUGGACUAGAGCAGGAAUUAUUGAGUAUUAAAGAGAGGAAAUUAAAAAAAAAUCAACCUGAAGGAGCUUUUCACUUUUAGAGGCAGCUGCUGACUUUCUUCCCUGGCCUAACGGAUGUUUCCUACAGAACCGCUGCAGUUGUACAGACAUUAUUUUUGCUCAGCAUUGCUAGGCUCUGAAUUGUUUCCUGAAUCACUCUGAAGAAUUCAUUUGGAUGCAGAAGAAAAAGCAAUACUGAAUAUUCUGACCCAGGGGAUGAAAAGCAGACAGCCCUAGUUAUGAGCCUGUGCUUCUCUUCUAUGGAUCUAUGUGCAAUUCUUGUAUGUAUUUUUUAAAGCUGUACAUUACAGUGUUCACUUUACACACCAGCCUUUACCUGAUGCUAGAUCUGCAGCCCCUUCCUUUUACUUUCCUGGCACAUAAAUGCACAGAUAUCCAUGUGUUCUUUUAUGGAUUGAUAUUUCAUUUUAAUUGUUAAAACUGUGAGGAAUCAAUUCACUUCAGCCUUGAAACAAAUAGCCACUUUAUACAGCAUAUGCAUGUUUGGACCAGAUGCAUGGAAACUGAACAAACAGUCGUGCAGGCUUAAGGUCAGCGAAACUAGCUCUGGAUCCACACCAUUCACUUGGAGGGGUUGAAAUUUCUGUAUUAAUCUUCUCGGGCAUCUAUCAGAGCUAAGCGGAAUAGCGUGUAGAAGCCUACAUCGAUUGUGCCAUAGUAUGUAGACAGUCUCUGUGACCUUUCUAAAGACUUUCUGAAACUUCUGAUGAUUAUUCUUGUGUUUGAUUCACCUGUAUCAGUGAAGGAUCAGGCAAGGAUAAGGAUAAUAUAUUUUCAUGUGAUACAUAUUUUUUCUUUCUCUUUUUGGCAAGAAGGUCAGGAUGGCAGCAUUGACUGGGGGGGAGGGAGGGGAGGAAGAGGACAGUGCUUUAAAAGCCCAAGUGCAAUGUGUGUAGUUGAGGUACUUCACUACAUCAGGAAAGAAAGUUUCUAUACUACUGCUUAGCAGCUUGUAGAACCUUUAAAAGAAUCACACACGUGUUCAGUGCAGCUCUGCUUUAUCUGGAGACAGGAGGGCAAUACCCUCAUAGCUUAAGUACACUGAGCAUGACAAGUCACACGCAUACUAUCUGCUAGCUAUUAGUCACAAUGUGUUGAGCUAAGAGUAGGGCUUCUUGUUCUCUGUAGUCUGGUUUUGUGUUCGUUUCGUAGUGCCUGUGCGCACAUAACUUCUCACCUAGCUCAUAUAGGCUGUAUGAGCAGUUCUUGGACCACUUGCCGUUGUAUUGGGCUUGUUCCCUGAGGCCAGGAGGUUUCUGUGUUUACGGACAUGUGUUCUCAGUGUCACUUUCAUGUCAACACGCACAUGCAAAGUUGAAUUUUGAAUGUUUUACAACCAUACGUAUUUAAUGCAGCUGGUCCAAAGCCUUUGUAUCUCUAGCUAUCUAAUUUCAGUUAGUAUUUUUUGUGAUGAACCAAUACUCAUUUUAACUGCAGUAUAAUCAAGCAUGGAUAGAUGUUCACUACCAAUCUCUUUCUUGUGCAGCACUGGGUAAACUUUAGCAAUUUGUAAUGUUGUGUGUGUUUUCUUUAAAAAAGAAAGAAUGAUCAAAGAAGUCAAACAGAAUCUGGCCUGAGGUAUUCCUCGGGGGAGCUAGCAGCUGACUUUGCAGAUGUGCCCAUAACUGAUGAUUGUAACUGUUUGUGGUAGUCCUCCAUCCUAGCAACAGAUUAUGCCACAUAAAUAUCUGAGAAUGUAUGCAUUAAACUGAUUGUAAACAAACCCUAAGAAUGCUACAGCAUAAUUGCUAAGCAAAAGGAAAAAAACCCGCUCUGUAAUUGGGAUCCUGUGUAGGACAGGAACAAAACCCCUGGCUGUGCAUGCUUUAACUUCCAUGGCUAUGUGCACAGAUCUUGAAUUUUUUUUUAGCAGUAUCGCACUUUCAAUUGAUCUCAAGAAAUCGGAAGAGCUGCAAAUCUCAGAUAACAGUAUUGACUGUAAAUAUAUAUUUUUCUAUUAAUAAAAGCUGUCGUUCACAUAUUUUUAACAUGAACUCUAAAGAUUUUUCCAGUGGAAACUAAUUUCUGGAAAAUCAAAUGUUUGCUUGAACUAUGUUGAGUGGUUUCUGAACCUAUUAGAGCCAUUAAAAACCUCUCUAAUGUUACAGAGAGAGCACAGUGAUUGGAUUCAAAACAUUUAGUGCCUUGUCAAAAAAAAAAAUAAAAUGAAGCUGGUCAGUUGGUAGAAAUCUUAUUCUUCCCAUAAUAGCCCUAUAAAUAAUACUGCCUCCAUUAAGAUGCAAAAGAUUUUAAAAAUUAAAAGCUGUACUUCAUACAAUACUGAGCUGACCUAUUCAAUAAAAUCUGUUUCUAGAGUUUCAGUUAUUUGAACAGGUUCCUUUAAAUUGCUUGUAGUACAGCAUAAACCUGAAUAACCACCGAAAUUGUGGGCUUUCACAUUUGGAACAGAAUCUGCACAGGGAGAAUAAGUCAAUUGAUCCAGACUGACUCCUGCAUCAAAACAAGUCUAAUGCUUUGACAAUCUACUGCACGCGCUUGGCUUCCAGGAGAGGAGGAAUCAGAAGGAGGUAAGGUGUGCUGCUCCUGAUGUAAGUAGUGGAUGUGCUGCACACUGCACUGUGGUGUGAAAUGCAAAUCUCUAGUAAAAGAGGAGUUCUGAAAAAAAUACUCCUGAGAUGUUAUGGAAAAUGGGUUUGUUCUGUGUUUCUAAAAUUGGAAUUACUUAUUCACUAAUUAGCUUUCAAGCCUCAGAUCUGCUCCAGUCAGUAUGCAGAACCAGCUGAGAUAAAGAGAAUCGAUUAGUAAAACCUUAGCUAGAAAUUUUCAGGAAUGAGGGAAACCAGAAUUUCGUUCUGGAGCCUCAAGCAUGUCCAGUAUAGAGGCCUGGUCUCUUCUCAAUAUUCAGACCUGAUUAAAUCGACAACUCAAGCUAGGAUACUGUGCUGCUGGCCUGCAGACAAGAAUGCACAUAUCAUUUACAAAAAUACUCCACCUUAAAUCUUGUAUGCUCCACACAUCCCAGCAGCACCCACAAGGUAUGAAUGGAUCAUCUUGACAUUUUAACACAGGGGAAUUCCAGCAUACUAGAGAGAAAAAUAUAUUAUUUAAAUAAAUCAGAUGUGUGCUAGCAAUCAGCUGCUUAGAGAAUUCAUUCAGCAGCUUCCCACUGUAGGGCCCUAACUUUAGUAUGUGAAAAUAGUAUUUGCUGCUGAAUGAAAUGUAUCUGUUUCUCAAUUCUUGUGUUGAGAAGCCCCACCUAAAUUAAUAUAUUUUUUGUUUGUAAUAACAAAUUCAUAUGUAAAUAUAAAGUAAAUAAUCCUGUUAUUAUUUAAAUCAGUUGCAACUUUAAUGAGGGAUACAAUGGAAACUGAAUCAGACCUUUUAAUGCACUUUCAUUUCCCCUUUACCCCAAACAAGAACUAAAAUGUCUGUUUCUCCAUAGAAACAGCCUGUGACUGUUAAACUGUUACUUGGUGCAUGACUGGGCCAUCUAUUUAACUCUGAUUUUACAAAGGUAGUGUUGGUUCUGCUAAAACACCUGUAAAACCUAGAGCACGAUCAGAACCUUUCAGUCCAUGUGUAGAGAGAUGUGAUGAUGAUUUAGUUAUGCAGUAAGAUAACAUCAAAGAAGCGCAGAAUAGAAUUUUGAAUACCUCCUAUAAUAACAGACCUGUGGAAAUACUCUGUAAACAAUCAUCUGGAUUCCUAACACACAAAAAAUACUUUUCAGAAGAAAUACUAAGGAGACGUUUCUUUAGGGCAUCCUCAACUCCAAAAGGAGGAACAAGUCUUUACUGCUGCUGAGUUGCGGUGAAUUUCUGAUAGGCAUUUGUAUAGAUUUUACUAUUCACCUGGAUGCAGUAUUAGAAGGAUGGUAGUUUUGAACAGACAUAGAAUGUAAUUUAAAUAAUUUCCUAUAAGCCUCCUUGCGUUGGUGCUCCACUCAGCAUUUAAUUGGAAACCACAGAAUGCUUUCAGAUCAAGCAGAGUUGCCAGUCAGAAAUGAAAUACUCAGCUUACCUGUACAUUAGCAUUUUACCAAUCUACAGAAUUUGAGAAUUUGGACUGUAUUUCAGAUUGCGAAAAUUACUUUUUGCAUACACCCAAGGGGAAAAUUUCAGGGAUUUAGAAGAGGAUGGAAAAUUUUUUUAUGCGGAAGAAAUAUAUGUUCACGUAUAUACAUGAAUAUAUGAGUGUGUGGGCACAUUCAUAUAUAUAUAUGUAUAUGAAAUUUUGUAUCCCGAAAAUAUUCUUUGCCCCUUUCCAUUUGCAAAUAUAUAUAUUAUAUAUUGUGUAUAUAAUAUAUAUUUAGGGCUAUGUCAGUUUGAAUCUAGUCAUUUCAUAAAGAACACCUUUAAAAUUGACUUUAACCUCUGUUUCUUUAUCAUUUGGCUUGUUGGUAAUAGCAGGUUUUGCAGUUGAAAUCCUUGGGUUUUUUUCUUUUAAAACUUAAUUAUGCUGAGCAUUUAAGAAUAUGUUCUUGUUUUUAAUAGGAGGGGGGGAAGUUAUUUUUAAAUUAGGGAUUCCAAAAUUGAUGAUCUUUUAUAAACGGGAUUUCUUUAAAAGGCCUUGAAUAAGGGAUUUAUUUGUCUUUAAUUUCAACUCCAUUCUUGUGGGUAGUUUGUAUUUGGAAUUCCUGGUUGCAUUGCUUUAUCUGGUGCUUCAUAUUGACAUUUACACAUUUUUAUAUAAGUAAGUAUAUAAACUUCAAGCCUUCCUUUGUGAUCAGGGGCAGUUACACUCUGGUUUGCUGUGGUACUUUGCUGUGUACUCUGUGGCAUUCAUGUUACUGUGUAAAUAAACUAGUUUUAUUACAC